GUGUUAGGCGUUGUUUGAAGAAUUUUCGGAUCCCUUUACAUACCAGUGAUAUGUGGUAACAAUUCGCUGCCGGUUUAUUUGUCCUCACUAUGAAUUACAGCAGUGUUUAUUGACGCUAAUUCUAGUUACGGUGACCGUAUAUGUUACCAAUGGCCCCAACUUUUAGCUCACGCAUGACAUACGGUGUCUCCAAAAAAAAACAGCACUCGCUCUCUCCUGUAACGCUGCUAUUUUCUCUGAAACGCUGGCAAACACUGCUUCAGAUCUGGCUGCGAGACUUUGUGGAUUACUAGGUCAUUUUAGCCGCACACUUCCACUUAAUUAUUUAUUCCACAAUCCUAAAAUACUCCAUCGCCUCUCGACGGAUUUGAGCCCUAGCCACCCUAGAACACGACGAAAUGACAAAUGAGGAAGAGACUGCUGGAGCUUUCGGCGUUUCACCUCGAGGGAGCCGGUUUCCUGGUGACUAAUGGCCAAUGACAACUUUGUGUCUAUGAUUGACCCUCAGGAGACAAUCAUUUUCCGUCUCGUAGGUUUCCGCGAAACCGAGGGAGUGAGAGAGAGAGAGGGGGAUAGAGAGAAAAAAAAUUUCCCGAAAACUAGACAGGCGGAGCCUGGGAGUGGUGGAGUCUGAAAGUAGCCGAGAGCGCCGCUGAUUCUUGGCGAGCUGCAGAAGCGUGCGAGGCACCCAGGGAAGCGGGAGCUGGCUUUUCACGUUCAGCCCUGAAUCAUACCGCCCCGACUCUCCAAGUUGGAGAAGUGGAGCUCGGCAGGAGGCGGUGUGUGAGAGCUCUUUGGGGGAAGAUGAUGUAAGAGGCGCUUUGCCAGCUGCUUUCUCUCUCUCUCUCUCACUGGGAGAUGUGACAAACCAGGAGCUCACAGCAGUCUAUCCGGAGCGCUGGGGAUCAGGAGCGGCCCCAGAGCGGAGGGUGGGAGGGAGGGAGCUAAACAAAUAGGGUCACUCCGAUCGGCCGCCAGGGCACAGGCAGCGAGCCCCUCCCUCCUCCCCCCCUGCCCCCAGGGGGCAGGACUCUGCUCCAAUACUCCAUCCCUCUCUCUCUCUCCCCCCCCCCCCCCCCCAUCACAGUGGAGGCGCUGGAGUCGGGGGGAAGCGGAGCUGGGAGUCUCCCGGUGUCCCGGGCUGCCCGGGGUAGGGGAGGCUGCUCUCUGACCAAGUGCCCUGCCCCGCCGCCGCCGCCGGGAGGGGUGGAGGCGGCCUCUCUCUCCUGGCCAGAAGUUGGCUCCGGGCUCCCGGCCAUGGCUCUGAACGCGAACUGCAGGCCGGCUCCCCCGCUGGCGGCCCGGGAGAGCAGCGGACCCCCGCUGCCUGAUGUGGUGGAGCUGAAUGUGGGCGGCCAGGUGUACUUCACCCGCCUGUCCACCCUGACCAGCCUCCCGAACUCGGUGCUCGGCAGGAUGUUCGGCCACAAGAGGAACUCGGCAGGCCCCGAGCUGGCCCGGGACAACCGAGGGCGCUUCUUCAUCGACCGGGACGGCUUCCUAUUCCGUUACAUCCUGGACUACCUGCGGGACAGGGCGGUGGUACUGCCCGAGCUCUUCCCGGAGAAGAUGCGCCUCCGGCGGGAGGCGGAGUUCUUCCAUCUGCCCGAGUUGGUCCGCAUGCUGAGCCCGGACGAAGGGCAGAGCCCCGGCCUCGAGGAGCCCUCUCACAGCGACCUGGAUGAGCUGUCCCAGGGCAGCGACCUCCCCCGGGCCGGCAGCCAGGCAGCGGAGCGCAGGGCCGGCUUCAUCACGCUGGGUUACCGCGGCUCCUGUGUCCUGGGCCGGGAUAGCCUGCAGGGGGAUGCUCGCCUCUUCCGCCGGGUCCCCCGUAUCCUCGCCUGCGGGCGGAUCGGCCUCCUCAAGGAAGUCUUCGGAGACAACGUGAAUGAGAGCAGGGACCCAGACCGGACGCCGGACAGGUACACGUCCCGCUUCUACCUCCGCUACCGCCAACUGGAGAGAGCCUUCGACACCCUGGCGGAAGCAGGCUUCACUCUACUGGGGAGCAACUCCUCUCUGACCGGCUCAGUGUGCGGCCAGGCGAUUGAUGACAGGGCAUGGAGCAGCUACACCGAAUACCUCUUCUACCGUCUGCCAACCACUCUGUGUGCACCCCUGUGAAGCAGAACUACUGGAUUGUCCUGCUGGUUCAGCCUCUGCCCUAACCACCAGCUUUGGACAAGGAGGAGCUGUCAUCUGGGCCACCAUCUCCUGCAUACUGGUCGCUAGCAGUUUCAGGGGACUCCGGUGGGAUGCUGCCAGAUCUCACAUUUCCCCCUAGAGCUCCUUUAAUCCUUUCUGAAUACUCUUCCUCUGAGUUGCUGAAACUCUUGACAGAUGUUUACUCUAAGGGCAUACAUCUUCUGCAUAAUCCCGAGUAUCAUCUGAUUGGUGGAACUGUUCAUAUCUGUCCAGUUUGCUUUUGGGAUUCUUUCUGGUGCCCUGCUCUCCUGAGCAGAAUAUUUCCUUGAGCAGAGGGAAUCUACUUGAAGGGCCAGAUGGACUAUUCUCGCUGCCUAGGUUACCAUCAUUUGGAUGACCUCGUCAUUGUCUCGGUGGGACAAGUGUAAACACUGGAAUUUUACUGAAAGUAUCAUUUGGGAACAGGAAGUGCAUCAUUUAAAGGGAUGUAAAAGAAAUGAGAUCAUGUGAUCUGCAAUAUGAUAGUAUGAUUUAUGCAUUACCUAUUAGCCAAGUUAUACUUAAAACGUCAAGGUGCAGAUAGGUGCCUUGCAAAAAUAGGUGCAUGCUGUAGUUAUGUUGAUCCUAAUUGCCUAUUGUGAACCUUCACUUGUUGGGCAGACUAACCCUAAACUUGCUACUUGUGGCAAGCAUUAGUUUGGAUGAAUGAAGUGCUGUACUGCUGAUUGUAGUUACCCUGGAUUUGUUUAUAUGCUAGUGGCCUUAUGUGGCCUCCUGAGACUUUUGGAUUUGCUACUAGCCUGGAUAUUUUGAAAUAUAAAGAUGUUAUUGAUUGGAUCCAUGCCACUGGACAACACAUGACUGUUGUCAGACCUGAUGUCUGGUUCAGGGUUAUCGAUUAUUGAUUGUCCCCUCUCGAAUAGUGCCAGGCUACAAUAUGAUUUGGCACCUUAAGAUUAUUUUCUUACUUGAUGCUAUCAGCAACCUGUCCUAUAGGAAAUAUGAAGGACCUGUAAUGGGAAUAAGGGGGGAAGGGUUACAUUCCAAUGAUUGAUUGUCUCGGUAAGUUUGGCUAAUUUCUCUUUGUGUAGACUUAUUCUCUUACAGGACUGUAUUUUUCUGUGGGACUUCAUCCAAAAACAGGGUGAAUUGCAGCAUUAGGAAAUUUUAACAGUGAAACCAAUCAUCACCAAAACACCCUCUCCCACCCAACCCAUCUUUGCUUGGGCCGCUGCAAGCAUUUCCUUGCCUGCUUGCUGCAUGCAAAUUGCAGUGACCUCUUGUGAUGCUGCAGCCUGACUGCAUCAGUGGCAAUAUUCCCCUCAGGGUCAAUGGUGAGCCUUGAUCUUGAUUGUAGGAAUCCUGGCUGGGAGCCUGGCGUACAAGAGAAAUCACUUCUUUAAAAGGACAUUUUCCUAUACUCUCUCUCUUCUGGCUAGUAAUGGACAUCAUUUUUAUCCCUGGAAUGUCUGAUCUAUAGUGAUAUUACCUCAUUUCUAUAACUUAAAUUGUUGGGCAACUCGGUUUAAGGCAUUCUUUUCUUAAUGUCAGUCUGUGGUGUGACUCAAUCUUAAAAUUGUAUGUUCUUUCUAUUUAGCAGAAUGUAUUAACAUGAUAUGGCAUUGACUAACUGCUUCUGAAAAGCUUUUAUUAUUGGUUAACAGACAUACGGUAAUAAUGUGGAGAAGUAGCUCAGUCUAGGGCAGUUUGGUUCAGAAGUUUAAACGGCAGCUAUUACGCAAGCCCCUCUGAUCCUGAAUGAAGCAAAUUAGAUCCAUCAAUUCAAAUCUGUCUCAUAAAGCAUAAUAGAUCAUCUUAUUUAGAAAUGUAAAGCUGCUGUAACGAUUCAGAAUUGGAAUUUUGAAUCAAGUUUCAGGUGCAGCAGUUGCCAUAUUUCAGAAUUGGUACUGUUUGAAUAAAUCUAAUUGCUUGCUGUAUAAUUUGUUUUGAAAAGUGAUAUUUAUACAGUUCUGUGUUUUUCAGAAGACGAUCUAACAGCAUUAGAUUUAGGUGAAAGCCAUGCAGAUACAGAACAAAAUAAAUCACAAAAAUGUCACAUACUGAAAAUAGUUUAUUUUCUCACUCUUAAUAGAAAGGGAAGUUUGACACUGUUUAUAGGGUCAUAGGGUCAUUCAGCAUGGAAACAGACCUUUUGGUCCAACCAGUCCAUGCCAAGCAUAACCCAAAACACAACUAUUCCCACCUGCCUGGACCUGGCUCAUAUCACUGCAAACCUUUCCAAUUAAUGUAUCCAUCCAAAUGUCUUUUAAACAUUAUAAUUGUACCCACAUCCACCACUUUCUCAUUCCACAUGCGAACCUCAGUCUAUGUUAAAAAAAGACUUAGAACUGUAAAAAAUUUUAAAUCUUUAACUAAGUCUGCAAUCCCAAGAACAGCUGCAAGAUCCAUGCUGCCUUCCUUUAUCCUUUUCAAAGUACAGAUCUAGGAAACAAAAGUAAAAUGUAGAGUGAUUAAUGUUUCAUAUUCUCAUAUUUCCCAAAUCAUACCACAGACUUAGUUGCUUGGGUGAAUUAAUGAUUUUACUGCAUUAAAAGACCCAUUCUAAUUGAUGUUCAUGAUUUGAAUCUCUUCAGAUUAUUCAAGUGGAAUGAUCAACCUUUAAACAAACCAGUUUGACAUACCUUAAAAUGAGCAUGGAAUAUGCAGAUAAGAGUUGAGCUUAAAAACCUUCAAGGGAAUAAACCUGUUCAUAUAGCAUCUCUUCUGAAAGAUUUGUAUUGAUUUCCUGGUGUUAGACACUGCUGCAGGCAUGAUCUGUAGGUUGUGUGGCUCCCUUCAAUGUUAACUGCACGCCCCAAGGAAUCAGCAUAAAUCCAGAAACAGUGCUGCACAUUGGACUUCUCCUCCUCUAUGUGUUGUAUUGAGAAAGAAAAGGUAUCACUUACUAAGUAAAAUUAUGCGACCUAUAUCAGACCUAAAUGCCAUUUGCUUUUGCAGUCAGGUUUUGAUUUUUGACUAACUGGAUAAGUGCUGGCUCUAGAAGUUAUCUAUGGCCAGAGUGUUUCUGUUGUGGUGUCUGCUUGAUAGGUGAUAAACCAUUGGAAAUUCUGUGUCAAUGUUUCUUUUGCCACAGUUGUUAAUGAAUGUUCUGUAAAACAACUUUUUAAAAAAUAUAUAAAAAGGUAUGCGUGAAUGUGGAUUUAUAGACUACUGCCUGUGAACACCUCAAAUUAUCAGAGUUAACACAAUUGCUGUAGGGUGGGAUGUGAAAAUAUUGAGACGAUAGACAAGAUAAAUUUUGGUUGAUUUGUAGUAUCAAGUUUGUGCAUUAAUUCUGUUAUAAUCCAAUUUCUUUUUUAAUAAACUGUGGUUGUUCCA